AUGGAUUUGAAUGAAAAGAGUGAUGAAGAACUCAAAGAGAUAAUGAUAUCAUUAUGUAUCAUUUGGGAUACCUAUUCGUCGAAUCCAAAAAACGUCAGGAUCUAUAGCUACUCACUUAAAGAGGAAGACACCUAUGAAGACCUUAAAGUCAGACCACUUGCAGAUGACUUUUCACGGCACAUAAACAAUUUUGCAUGUCCCAUCAAACAACCUACCAACCUUACAAUGCAGUGUGUCAUGUUGGUAGGUAUUUCAUUACAGCCAUCUAUCGGCGCAAUUAUUCUUCUUCAAGGUAUUACAAAGUUAAGAUUGAUUAAUAGGAGUUGUUUGGUGCCGUUGUAUAUCUUGACUCGGUCGAGUUAUGCUCAUGGUCAUAUGGUAGUGAGCUCACAAAAGAUAUCAGUACUGUUCACACCAGACAUGUAUAAAUCACAUUCAUCCUCGACAAUGAAUCUCAUUCUAUCAAGUCUCCACGAUAAAGUAAUUCAUUACCUCAACUAUGGCAAGAUGACUGGGUUUGGCCAAACCCAAUCAUCAUUGCCAUCACCACCAGUGUCAUCAUUGAACGCAUCUGCUUUACAUCUUUGCAAUGCUGUCGUAUAUGGAGAUAAUGACAAAGGUGACGGUGCUGCAGCAGGGGACAGCGCACUCGCAUGGAAGACAGCACUAAAGUUUAUCAACGAGAAUAUUGCCAAUAAUCAAAUCACGCUACCACCGACCACCUCCAAACCAUCGCCAUCGCCAUCACCGCAACCAAUAUUAAAAAGAGUGUUUGGAUUCUUUAAGAAAGUUGAUCAAGAUAUUAACCCGAUCGGUAGUAGUGUUAAUAUCUUGACACUACUAUUUGACCAAAACAAAUUGUUAGAGUCUGAAGUACUACACCACCGAAACAAGACACUUUAUACAAUGAUUCAACAAAGUAUUGCAACAAACAAAAAACAAGUGUUGGUUGACAUAAUCGAUACGGUUGGUGUGGAUACCGUGUGCAAGUUUAUCGAUCAUGCACGAAACAUUAUUCCUAAACUGACUCUUGAUCAGUUUAAAAAAGAGGAGGUGAUUAAUCAUUGUGACACACUCGGUUAUCUCUUUAAAACACUUCCCCUUCUAACUAUUAGUCAAAUGUUGGAAAAUACAUUAGCAGCUUUACUCCUCACCAAUGACAUGUCAAUCAUCAACAACCACCUUUCAAUCGCUAAAGACAUCAAACUAUCACAAUUCAACAUCCGAUCACAUCUCACUGAAUACAUCAGUUAUUUAUUUAAAACAAAUUUAAUUAAUUCAAUAACUCCAACAAUUACAUCAUCAUCAACAACAACAACAACUACAACAUUGGCCAAUGUUACAAUAACUGAUUUAUUAUCAUUCACUGGUACAUUUGCAAUUUUUAACAGUGAAAUAGAAUAUAGUAUAGAAAAAAUCGAUACACUCAUCAAUCAUCAUCUUCAUCAUAAACAACAACAAUCAGAUAAUGAUAAUAAUCAAAAUAAUCAAAAUAAUAAUAAUCAAAAUAAUAAUAAUAAUAUUUUAUAUUUUAUGGAAUUAUAUUUUGAAUUGACCAAACAUGAUCAUCAAACUAGAAGGUCAAUUGAAAAUUGCUACUUUAAUAAUAAGAAAGAAGAAACGAGUUAUAAUCCUUUAUGCAAUCACUAUCAAUCAGUGAUUGAGUAUUUUUCAAUACUUGGUCAUUGUAAAGGUGGUAGCUGUGUUAGUGGUACGGGUGGUAUAUUUCCAGUUAGAUGUCAAUAUUUAUUGGAUAGAAUUGGAUUUGGAUUUAUUUGUAAGUUUGGAUCAUUGGAUAUGGUAACAAUGUCACAUUCACUUAUUCAUGACACCCAGUUUGGUGGUGAUGGAAACUAUAACAUACAAUCAUUUAAUUUGUUAUCAAGUGAUAUCAAAGUAUUGGAAUAUUGUACCGGUUGUAUUACGCAACUCGGGGACAAUGAUUCACAUAGAUUGGAAUUUAAUCAUCUCCAUUCAUCACCAGCUCUCACAAAUGCAUUGACUCGUAAUCCAAUUCAAUGGGAUGUCAUUGAAUAUCUAGUUGGCGUCAUGUCACAUCCAACACUCUACAAAGUAUUUGAUAUUGAUUUAUCAUUAUACUCUAAAGCUUGUUUAAUUGGAAAUACAACUAUAAUCAAUUCAUUAAAACCUUUUAUACCCGAAACUGUAAUUCAUAAUCAAAAUCAAAAUCAAAUUAAUAAUAAUAAUAAUCAAAAUAAUCAAAAUAAUAAUAUAUUAAAAUCAACGAAAUUUAAAGAACAUAUAGAUUCAAUUAAAACAACAAUUAAACAAGAAGGAAAUAAUCAAGAUAGAAUUAUACAAUGUUGGAUUAGUAUGUAUAGAAAUUACGCAUUUCACUGUUACUUUGAAGUGAUUGAAUAUAUGGUGACACAUAUUCCAGAAGGGAUGGCUAGCAUUCCCGAACUAAGUAUAGAUCGAGCAAUACAAACAAUGAAUUUCCUGUUUGUUAAACAAGUCAUUCAAAUGGGUAUCCCACUGGUCAUCAACUGUGUCGAGACUUGGAAAACGGUCGGUCUAUACGGUUCGGUUGAAUGGAUAGAAAAGAUACUUUGUCGGUACUCGAAACCACCAUAUCCAAACGACGGUCAAUACACAACGACAUCUCAAACAUUCAAGUCGGUUUACGAAUCUCUCCCUUACCUUGAACAAGGUGCUAAAUUAAAUCAAGAUCAUGGUGACAAAAUAUUAAAUUAUAUUAAUCUAAUUAGACAACAACAAUCUAAAAGUGAUGUGACAAUAAAUCUUGUAUCUAUCAAACAAUUCAUUUCUACCUCCAAUUCAAUUGAAUAUUUACAAGGAAAGGCUCUAGAUACAUUUCACAUUAUAUCUAAACAAAAAGUAAAAGAAAUACUUUUGCCAUCUGAUACUCUCUUAAGUAAAGUAAAUGGUCAACUAAUAGUUAGAUUAGGGGGUCAGACUCCAGUUCCUAAAGAUAAUCAUGAAUCUUUGCUCAGUGCUGGUGGCUCUUGUCUUUUCGAUGAAAAUGGCUCAAACACAAUCCCAGUUCAUAUGAAAGGUAAAAAUAAUAAAAGUAAUCCAAAAGAAUUAUUUAUAUUUACCACCAACAGGUAUUCGUCAUAG